AUGCCAUCAGUUCAGCCCAUCGCAAGGCGCCACCACCGUCGGUACUGUGUCCUGCAGAUUCGUGUAUUUCUCCGAACACAAGCCCUCCUUGGACCAUGCGCCAGUGACUGCGAAUUCGCCAGGACGUACAACAUUCCGGCGUCGACGUACCUCGGUACAAACAACCAUGGGUCUCGAGCAACAUUCGCUGGUCAAGGACGCAUCGAACAAAUCCCCUUCGCUGGCAAUCUGGUGGCAUUCAUGGAAGCGGUUCGAGACGGGGAGCAUUUCCUCACGACUGCGCACCUCGUGCCGUGGAUCAAGUCGUACAACCCUCAGUUGCUGGAGGAGUACACUGCAGCCAAGCCAUCGAACGAUCGAGCAUACAAGAGCCUGAUUCAGUGGUGCCUCAACUUCGCAAACUGGCAUGGCUACAGCCAUCGUGUCAAAGCUACGCAAGGCGAGCUGUCUGCACUUCAAGACGCUUUCUCUUUCGAAUUCUACUCGAAGUUAUGCCUUAAGGGUUUCACCUCGGCGUCGAUGUGA